UUUUUCCUCAAUUCCUCUCCAACAAAAUCCCUACAAACAAAAUAAAAUUAUUUUAAACCACCUUCCUUCCCCUCCCUCUCCCUUCCUUAAAAUCCCUCCCCUCCCUUCCACUACAUUGAACAACACAGACCCUUAAAUGAUUAAAUCCAAUCACUUCAUCGAAUUUGGAAAUGGAAGAACGGCCCCGUAAAACCAACGGCCGCCACUCGGAGGAAGCGUUCUUCCGAUGCGCCGGCGUAGUCCUCCCGUACCUUACCCCCGCCGAGCUAGCCUCUGUUUCCCAAACCUGCAAAGUCCUUCACCAAAUCUCCCAACUCGUGACAUCGCGAAGAAUCUGCGACGCCUCCAGAGGGUUCGAAAACCUUCCGAUCCCAUUCCUCAACCCCAUCGCCGGCGACUCACAGCCCUACUCCUCCUUCCUCUACGCACCCACCCAAAUCCUCCGCCUAGGCCCAGAUUCCCGCCAGUCCUGGGGCUACGACGGCGAUGCCAGGUUACUCGGGGAACAUAGUCGGGCCGACCCGUUCCUGUUCCUGGUCGGCGGCGCCACUGGUUGCGAAUGCAAAUCGGACUGCGGCGACGGUUGUCCAUGCUUGGAUUCCGGCGGAUUUUCGCUGACCAGGGAAUGCGGGCCGAUCUGCGAGUGUGACUCGGCUUGUGGGAAUCGGGCGACUCAGUUAGGGUUGUCAGUGAAGUUGAAGAUAGUGAAAGAUGAGAAGAAAGGGUGGGGAUUGUUUGCGGAUCAGCUGAUUCCUUGUGGGCAGUUCAUCUGCGAGUAUACAGGCGAACUUCUGUCGACAGAGGAAGCAAGACAGAGGCAGGACACAUACGACAAACUCAAACCAAACGGGCAUUUAACGCCUGCCCUUCUUGUCGUGAAAGAGCACCUUCCUUCAGGAAAUGUGUGCAUGAGAAUCAACAUUGACGCCACACGAGCUGGAAAUGUGGCUCGGUUUAUCAACCACUCGUGUGAAGGUGGAAAUCUCGACACAAAGAUUGUGAGGAGCUCGGGAGCUUUACUCCCCCGUGUGUGCUUCUUCUCGUCUAGAGAUAUUCCGAAAGGUGAGGAGCUUACUUUUAGCUAUGGGGAUGUCCGGGUGAAGCUGGAUGGCCGUCCUUGCUUUUGUGGCAGUGUUCGUUGUGCUGGGAUACUGCCUUCCGAACAUACUUGAUCAUGGAGAGGUGAAGGUGAGGAAAGAAAUAAGAGCAUCUUUAAGGGCAACUUUAGCAAGGGGGGUUUGGCAUGAGGUUUACAAACCCACUCCUACAGGUUUUAGGCUUUACGGUUUGAGGCUUAUGUUUUUACACAAGAUUUGCAAAUUCAAACCCAUCAUAAAUCUCAAUAAAAGAAUAUUGUAAUAUAAAUUUAAUUGGUAAAAAUGUAGGUUGCACUUCACUUUCUAUGGGUAAAUGAAGAGGCGUAAAUAAUUAGGUGUGCCAGGGCGUUAGGUGAAACGCACUUCCUAGGUGCGUGAAUUCAUUUCAAGAUUUUGUCCUAACAACGGGCAGAGUAGGUAAGAGAAAGGUAAAAUGCGGUAAAAAGGUGUAGGUAAAAGUAACCUAUGCACGAUAUUCAAGGCGAAAAAUUCCUUUCUCCCGCC